AUGAGCUAUUCCUACAAAGAACGGGACCGUGACUGGGACGAGAUGUCUCGCCACUCCGACCCAAGAACGACGUAUUCCACCAUUAAACGUUACGUCAUUCCAGACGACCGUUCCUCUCGUCGAGACGAUCCCGGCACCAGUGAACGUCAACUGGCCGUCCGGACUCUGGAUCGGGAGGAUCGUAGCGCAACGUCUCGCCGCUAUGAUUACGAAUAUAACCUGGACACCGACUUCGAUCCCGUUUAUCGUGGCGCCAACUACUCCCCCCGCUCCGAGGCCGACUACCAAAUCGUCCAUCGUUCUGAGACAGAUGACCGCUAUGUAGCUCGCCGUGAUCCAAGAGAUGAUGACUAUUACUACUACCGGCGGGUUCGUGAAUAUGACAACGCGCGGCCCGGUUCAGAGUACGAUGGAAGAAGCUACCGCACCGAAAGCCCCCGGCGCGCCCGGUCGCGAAGGCAGAAAUAUAACAGUGAUGACGAAACGAUAUACACCUCUCGGACCGAUCGUGACGAAAGCCCUCACUACAAACGCCAUCUAGCAGAGGGUGCUCUAGUUGGUGUAGGAACCGCAGAGCUGAUCCGCCAUCAAAAGAAACCGCGCGACCGUGACACGGCUUUGGCGCGUGUGGGCAAAGAUGUUGGCGCUGGAACACUUGGUGCUCUGGCUGCCGACGCAAUCACUCGUGCCCGCAGCCGUCAUAGAAGCAAAAGUCGUCCGCGCAGCAAGAGUCGCCAUCGUGGAGGCUCUGUCGAUCGAGGAACGGACCACCUUCAUGAGCAUUACCGAUAUCGCCAUAGACGCUACCAUCGCAGCCGUUCAUCUUCCCAUUCUCGUGUCCGGACUCUGGCUGGGUUGGGAUUGGGCGCAGCCGCGAUUGCCGGAGCUGUUGCUUUGGCUAAAAAGCACUCUGACAAUAAAGCUGAGAAAGCAAGAGAGGAGAAGUCGGAUAAAUCGAGCCGUCGAAGCCGAUCCCGUCGUCGUCGUUCCUCCCCCAGCCCUGUGUCAGAUGCUCGUGAUCCCAACCACCGUAACAAGAGAAUGGCAGAAGCAGGCCUAGCAGGCGCAGCGGUUGCCGGCCUGAUUGAGCAUGCACGCAGUAAGUCUCGGCCAAGAAACGCCCGCUCAAAGAGUCGACUUCGCACCGGUCUUCCAAUUGCUGCCGCUGGCCUAGGAAGCGCUGCAAUUGCGGCGGUCUACGAGAAAACUAAAGCGAAAGGCGAAGAAACAAAGGCAAAGGAAAAAGAAAAAAUAAAGGAAAAAAAAGAGAGACGUGCUCGGAGUCGCUCUAGAAGCACAGCGCGAUCUUACACGACCACUGCACCAAGCGUGGCACCCCAUUUGAUCGAGUAUGGCGGCGACCCAAUACAAGGCCGAAUUCCGGCUGCCGAUUACUAUGGCCGACCUGAAAGCCCUCCGUACUAUGCCAACAGGAGGUAUAGUCGAAGCCGCAGCCGCCGUCGCAGCCUAUCCACCGACAGUUGGUCGUCUGACCAGGAGAGAAGACACCGGCGCCGUAGCCAGAGUCGAUCCAGGGAAUAUGCCACUGCCGGUAUUGCCGCUGCUGGCGCUGCCGGUGCGGCUGGCUUGGCUGCUCAUGAGUAUAAACAGCGAAAAGAGCGAAAGAAAGCCGAGAGGGCGCGAAGGCUUGAACAAGAAGAAUCUCAAAGUGAUAUUGUAGAGAACAGUUAUGAUUCUGCACGUUACCCGCCUUCUCCGCCUCCUCCCAGCGCCUCGUCCGUUUCACAAGAAAGCUUUUAUCCCCAUACAAAUCAGUUUCCGCCGCCCCCUACGCCAAGACCAAUGGAGUAUGCCCACAGCCCUGCCAACUAUUCUGAUUAUCCUCCUGCGCCUGUUCCUCCUCCCGCUCACCCGUAUUACUCUUCUGACUACCCACCACCCCCGGGUGCUGGGCCUUCCACUCCUCAGCCAUAUAAUUAUGCACCUCCAACAACACGCGAUCCAUACCCGCCACAGCAACCCAGAGGUGAUGAGAAUGUGAGUGCUGUUCCGAAAUCCAUCCCCACUACCGAGCAGCAUCACAGUACAGAUGAUGGUGUAAACCAGGACAAUCCGUCAGAACAGCCGGGUGAUAAUCACCCUCCUGCAACACUUCAGCCCUCAGAUUCCCAGUUCAGGUCGCCUAGUCCUCUGCCAGGCAAAACUGUUCAAUUUGAUCUAGAACCUGAUGUUGCCUCCAUUUCUUCCCCACAGGACAACGGUUACGAGACUGAUGAUAGCGAUUCGACUGUUGAUGAAUACAAGGAUUAUCGCCGUCGCCGCCACCGCCACUCCUCUCGACGUCGUCAACGUCAUUCUCGAUCACCAUCACCAGUACUAAUAGCUUCACGGCAUGAGCGUAGCUCUAAAACUCCGCUUGGUUCAUCUGGAAAUCAUUUCUCCGAUUCUGAUGCUACUGUUGAUUUGCCAGAUAGAUUUGAUUCACGGGGGCAUCCGAUGUCAACAACAUGGUGGUAG